AUGUACAAGGUAUCACAUUUUCCUCGAUGGUGGCUGUGGUACGUCUUUAUUGCUCUGCCGGAAACGGCCGAUACCUUCGAGGAGGAAGUGCGCCAGGCCCUCUCGAUACUCAGCCAUGCACACCUCAGGAUACGUGGAUGGCGUCGGUUUGUGUACGACAACCCGAAAUUAAUACCCGCAGAGCGCAAUGGACCCUAUGGGCUCAUUGUGAAAGUUUACAUCCAUCCCGGGACAUGUUCACGCGGGGAUCCCAAGGGUCGGAAGAAGGUUGAAUAUCAGGCUCUGAAGACCCUGGAGAGUUUGCUAGAAGACGAAACCCCUCAACGACUUUUGGUCAAUGUGGACCACAACUAUGAUUUCUCCGAUGACGAUUCCGAUUCCGAUUGA